UAAAUGACACAAACUUAUCUGGCCAAUAAGAGACGACUUCCGAGCCGCUUAGCCCCGCCCCUACAGUCCUCUAACUGCUUGUUCUAUUUCUGCCUGUUGAUCCAGAAACGGUUUCACACAAUGAACCAGAGCAGAUCCCAGAGAGCAUCAUGGGAAGGGCUGAGAUAAGCGGAAGCGUCACCACAGAGUGUUGUGAAAGUCUCCUGACAGGAGCUCAUUACAGCCGCGAUGGAUCUGAAGGAGAAAACUGUCGCGUCAUUAAAGAAAUACGACAGUGGCGACGAGUUUCCCCGUUUACCGGCGGCUCUUCCUCAGGCAUCGGUGCUCAUCCCGCUGCUGCUGAGAGACGGACAGCUGCGGCUCUUACUGUCCGUCCGCUCCAUUCACCUGAAGCAGCACGCAGGUGAAGUGUGUUUCCCUGGAGGAAAGGCUGAGUCCGGUGACAGAGAUCAAGUGCACACCGCUCUGAGAGAGACCGAGGAGGAGAUCGGCCUUCCUCCUGACAGAGUGCAGGUCAUCUGCAAACUCUUCCCCAUCUUAAAGGGGUCAUAUGAUCCUGCCUACAGGCUUGUCUCAAGGAGCGAACAUUCUGGUCAACCCAGGGCUCUGUUUUGA